AUGGUUAACGUUCCAAAGACCAGAAGAACCUACUGUAAGGGUAAGGAGUGCAGAAAGCACACUCAACACAAGGUUACCCAGUACAAGGCUGGUAAGGCUUCCCUCUUUGCCCAGGGUAAGCGUCGUUAUGACCGUAAGCAAUCCGGUUACGGUGGUCAAACCAAGCCAGUUUUCCACAAAAAGGCUAAAACCACCAAGAAGGUUGUUUUGCGUUUGGAGUGUGUUGUCUGCAAGACCAAGGCCCAAUUGGCUUUGAAGCGUUGUAAGCACUUCGAGUUGGGUGGUGACAAGAAGCAAAAGGGUCAAGCUUUGCAAUUCUAA